CACUCACCAUUGAGAGCUCUUCUCACCACACCAGUCGGCCAUGGCAAAAGGAAAGAACGUCAAUCCAGCAGACGCGUUUCGCAAGGCGCAACGGAAGAAGGAGCUGAAGAAGAACAAGGCUGGGCGCGCUAAGGCCCGCGAUUUUGCUCUAGUCAAGAAGGAUACAAUAGAGCUCGAAGAUGAAAUAGAGAAGAUCGAAGCCGCUCCAGAACCCUCUGCAGCGGACAGAGCACGCCUAGCAGAAAUCAAGACUGAACUAGAGAAGAUCACCAAGAAGAAAGAGGAAUAUGUCGCAGAGCAUCCAGAACAUCGGAAGCUCGUCUUUAAAUCUCGGAAACCGCAUAACAAUGGUGAAGAGAAAGCGGAUGCAGCACCCAUUCCACAGACGAGGAAUCUGUUCAACAAGCAUGGAAUCCCUCGACACCCGGAGCGAAGUAUCUAUUACGAUCCUGUGAUGAAUCCAUACGGUGUUCCGCCUCCUGGAAUGCCGUAUGUUGAGAGACCACUCCGACCAGACGAAGUUGCAAGUGACGCAGAAGAAGGCGCAGACGAUGAUGACGACAUAGCCAUGCCUGAAGGGCCUCCCCCGGGUGCCGGCGAGGAAGAUAGCGAUGAUGAUAUACCGAUGCCUGAGGGCCCUCCGCCAUCGAAGGACGGGCUCGACCAAGGUCAGUUGGACAGGCCGUCGUCAGCUACGCUUCACUCAUUCAUCACAGGGUCGCCGCCACCGCCAUUGCCCCCUACACCUGUGCCGCCAGUAUUCGGCGCGUCUCCUCCACCUCCACCAGGGUUCCCGGUUCUCCCACCAAUGCUUGUCCCUCCCCCUCCUACUGGGAUCCCGCCAGCAGUGUCGCCUCUACCACAGGGGUUUCUCCCUCCCCCAUUACCGCCGUCAUCUUCGUAUUUUCCGCCACCACCGCCAGGAGGACCUCACAUGUCGCCGCCGCUCCACAUACCAUCUCAAAUGCAGCCCUAUCUUCCUUCAGCGUUUCCUCCGAUGCCCCCUGGCCCACCGCCGCCACCGCCGGGGUUUUCCCAAAUGCCGCCGCCUCCUCCUGGAUUUUACCCUCGGCGAGCCCAGUCCUCUUCUUCCAUGCAGGACCCUCUGUCGUCUAUUCCACACGAGACUUACCAGUCGCAUCGUGCGGCGAGGAAUGUACAGCCCAACCAGGCUUCUCCGCCUCUCCCAGGCCAGUCACGUCCUCUGUCCGGCGGCGUUACCCUGUCUACUGGUGGUCGGCCUCCUGCGCCUGCAGCUGCGGCAACAGUCGAAGCAGCUCCCCAGUUGCGAGAUUUCAAGAAAGAAGCCACGGCCUUCGUACCAGCUGCUCUCAAGCGCAAAAAAGCAGCGGUGGGAGCGCCAUCGAAGAUCAACGCGGCCCCGUCGUUGGGACAGAUAGCAGACUCUGAGGAGCCGGAAGCUCCGGCCGCGGCUCGACCUGACUUGAUGAGCACCCUCAAACAGAACCUGGGGUCGGCUGUCAGCGUCUUCGAAGCAAAGAGCGCGGACGCGACUGUCAAAGCUCCUGCAUCUAAGCCGAAGGACGAUUAUGACAAGUUUUUGGAGGAGAUGGGUGAUUUUUUGGAUCCAAAGCAUAAUGCGAUCUGGUGUACUAGACUUUGGACUGCAUAUUGGCUUCAUUGGCAGAGUCGGCGCAAAAACAUCUCAGGACGUCAACGACAUCUGCCAGGUACUCGAUCUAUACACCAAUGCGAGAUGAGAGGAUGAGCGCGCUUGUGGCAAGGAUGCCCGCGUCGCCACGCGGUAGUCAGAGUGGAUGUGUCAUGCGGGGAGCCGUGACUCCAUCAAGAUUCAAGAUGCAAGAAGGCAUUCGCGAUACGACCGAUUCCGACUGAGA